AUGCCUAGACUACGUAAGACAUCUGCUGCACAACGUAGGCGCGCAAUGCAACUAGCUUUAGAGCACUAUCGCGAAACAAAUCGUGAAGAUGAUAGAGCCCGUAAUUCGCAAAUGCUAUCACAGCGUAGGGAAAUUGAAGAUUAUAGGGAAAACGAGCGUCGUCGAGAUAAUGAAUAUCAACAUUUAAGACGAUCAAGACAAAGCACGCAAUUCAGAGAUAUGGAACGUGAUCGAGAUACCCUAGCACAUUCCUCUAUACGCGCAGAUCCCGAAUUUAGAGAAUUAGAACGUGAACGGGAUGCCUUAGCGCAUUCUUCUAGACGUUCGGAUCCCCUUAUUCGCGCAGAAGAACAAAGACAAAAUACAGCGGAACAUACAAACCGACGAGAAAUACCUGAGCUAAGAGAACCAGAGCGAGAACGGGAUGCAUUAGCACGUUCUUCUAGACGCGAAGAUCCCGAAAACCGAGAAAUAGAACGUGAACGUGAUGCAUUACUACAUUCUUCUAGACGCGCAGAUCCCGAGUUUAGAGAAGCAGAGCGAAUACGGGAUGCCCUAGCCCAUUCCUCAAGACGCGCAAAUCCAGAAUACAGGGAAACAGAACGUGAACGUGAUGUAUUAGCACGUUCUUCUAGACGCGAAGAUCCCGAAAACCGAGAAACAGAACGUGAACGCGAUGCAUUACUACGUUCUUCUAGACGCGAAGAUCCCGAAUACCGAGAAACAGAACGUGAACGUGAUGCAUUACUACGUUCUUCUAGACGCGCAGAUCCCGAAUUUAGAGAAGCAGAGCGUGAACGGGAUGCCUUAUCACACGCCUCCAGACGAUUAGAUAUUCUAAUACGCACAGAAGAGCAAGAGCGAAAUACAUUAUUGCGCCAAGAAUCUCGCAGAAUUGCAAGAAUUCACACUCAGGAAUUACAACAUAUGCAAAAUUGUCGCGUUCGAAAUCUUCGAAUGGAUCCAGUUAACAGAGCGAAUGAAAACUUAAGACAAGGUCAAAGAAAUAGGAAUAAUAGGCAAACACUCUCCCCCGAAACAAGAAUACAAAAUUUAGAAGCAGAUGCACGAAGACAUGUUUGCAGAAUAUUGGAAGAAUUUAAUAAUAACAUAAAGAAUGGGCCUACAGAAGUCUGUGUUUGUUGUGGCGGACUAUGGUUCCCGAACCAAAUAAAGAAAUUAUGCAGAAAUAACUACGCGCACUUAUCUGAAGUUUUCUUUUUGGCAGAUGAUUUUCCUUCUGAAGAUAACUGUUAUAAAUUUUGCAAUACAUGUUGCAAAAUUGUUAAAGAUGGAAAAAUACCCACUAUUUGUUUAAAUAAGGGAUUACAUUUCCCAGAUAUUCCUAAUGAAUUAAAAGACUUAACAGCAUUGGAAGAAAGAUUUGUGGCUCCGCGAAUCCCAUUCAUGAGAAUAGUAUCUCUGGGAUAUAAUCGGCAAUGCGCUGUUAGAGGAGCAGUUGUAAACGUUCCAAUUCAUCUCGAUAAAACUGUUGAUGUGCUACCACGAAAUUUUGACGAGACAGAAGUCAUUCAAGUUCAUCUCAAAAGGAGAUUAGAAUAUAAUCACAGUUUUAUGACUGAAACAAUUAGACCAAGGAAAAUAAUAGAGGCUGCAAGAUACUUGGUUAAUACGGAAUUAUAUAGAAAGCACAACAUAAGUAUUUCCGAUGAUUGGAUAGAUAAUGUGGGACAAAAUGAAGAAGUUCUUUUUAUAUCAAAUACUGAAGACCGCAGUGUAAUUGAGGAUUUAAUAAAUGAAAAUAAUACACAUUUAACUGAUCCCGACGAAUUUAAUCCUCAGGAAACGCUUUUGGAAAACAUUCCAGUGGAAAAUAUAUCAUUGGAACGGAUUUGUAUUGCUCCUGGCCAAGGACAGAGGCCAAUAGAUAUGAUUUUUGAUGAAGACUCUGAAGAGCUAUCUUAUCCAUCGAUAUACUGUGGAGUUAAAAGGACAUGCACUGCAACAGUAGGAAAAAUUAUUAAAUCCGAGGCAAGACGCUACGAUAGAAGAUGUGCACGCGUAGACAAGAUUUUAUAUUCUUAUAAAAAGUUGGAAUUAUCACGUGUAAAAAAUAGCAUAUCGACAUGUUUGAGGAAAAAAGUAGGACCUAACCAACAUACGGCUGUAAACAUGUUAAAUGAGCAUUUUGUACAAAACCUAGUACAACACGAUGAUGGGUAUCAUAUAUUAAAAGGAAUUCGAUCUUCUCCUGCACACUGGGAAGGGGAGAAGAAAAAAGUUUUAGCAAUGAUACGACAAUUUGGUUUGCCAACUUUUUUCAUAACGUUGUCUGCCGCUGAAUCGCAAUGGCCUGAAUUGCUAGUUAUUUUAGUCAAAGUAGUCCAAAAUAGAGUUAUUACUGAAGAAGAGGCCUUAAAUCUUACCACGCAGGAAAAAUAUAAUUUAAUACGACUUGAUCCAAUAACAUCUUCACGAUAUUUCGACCAAAGAAUACGACAUCUCUUCAAACAUUUUAAAAGUGCUGCAGGAAUAUUUGGUGAACAUAAAGUUGUCAAAUUCUAUUGGAGAAUAGAAUUUCAACAAAGAGGAUCUCCACAUGUUCACGGCAUAUACUGGAUGGAUAAUGCGCCAAUAUUUAAUAUAAAUGAUGAGACUACUUUUCCAGCAGUAGUUAAUUUCAUUGACACCUACAUAUCAACAGAUUCAACAAUAAUGGAAGUAUCUAAUUAUGUUUCAUAUCAAAAACAUAAUCACAACAGAACGUGUCAAAGAGAAAUACGUGGACAAAAGAUAUGUAGAUUUCAUAUCCCGUAUCCACCUCUGCCAAAUACGGAAAUUCUCCUCCCACUUCCAGAUGACAUAGACAAUAAUAAUUUGGAAAAUCAUAAAAAAAACUAUGAAAAAAUUCAUAACAUUUUGAAUGGAAAUUUAUCAGAUGAUGAAGCAAAUCGAUUUGAAUCUUUCGAAAGUUUCUUGGCAGACGAAAGGGUUAACUUAACAUAUGAGGAAUAUAUUUUUGCAUUAAGAUCUUCAUUAAAAAAGCCAAGAGUGUUUUUAAAAAGGUCUUUUAACGAUAGAUGCAUUAAUGCGUUUAACCCUAAAAUAUUAUCCAUGCAAAGAGCAAAUAUGGACAUUCAAUUUGUACUGGAUGCAUAUGCAUGUGUGUCGUACAUUGUAAAUUACAUAAAUAAAUCAAACAGAGGAGUUUCAAGACUAUUACAAGAGGCAAUGAAUGAAAUACAGACUGGAAAUUUUAGCAUCAAACAAAGACUUCAGCAUAUCGGAAACAAAUUUAUAUCUGCCUCGGAAGUUUCCGGACAAGAAGCUGCAUACAAUAUCCUAGGAAUGCAUCUGUCGCAAUGCAGUAGUGCUGAAGUGUUUAUAAAUACUAUGGCACCAGAAAAAAGGGUCCGAAUUUUGAGACCUAGAUCCGAACUUGCGGAAUUACCUGAUGAUUCAACAAAUGUAUUUCAAAGCAAUAUCUUGGAUCAUUACAUUCAACGACCGGAUAUAUUAAAUGAUGUUUGCUUAGCGUUCUUUGCAGCUUAUUACUCAUUUUCAAAGAAACUUCGAAGAAGUGCACGUUUUCAAGAAGAUGAAGAUGACUACCAAGAAAAUGACAUCGAUAUUACUGAAGUAGGAGCCCCACUUCCAUUAAAAAACAAUUCUGGGUAUAUAUAUAAGAGAAGAAAUGCCAGCAUUAUUAGAUUUCCAAAAUUUAGUAUUGAAGUAGCAAGAGAUGAAUAUUUUCGAAAUCUUGUUAUGCUUUAUUUGCCAUGGCGUAAUGAACAGGAAGAAAUAUUAAGUAAUAAUAAUGAGCAGACAUGCAUUACCCACAAAAAUAUAAUUGAAAAUAAUCGAGUAUUAUUCGAAAGUCUAAAAGAAGGAGAACUAGAUGAAAUUCUUCAACGAAUUCAAGAAGAAGCUGAUAAUAUACAGGAACAGGAAGAGAAUAUUAAUAUUGAUGAUGAGUUUAGAGCAUUAGCAAUUCCUGUAGUAGACGAAAAUAUAAAUAUAUUAAAUAUUGCAGAUGGAAAUCAAGAUAAUGAUGAUGAAAAUCCAGAUGGUAUUCGAAUAAUCAGAUUACCUGCUUUAAUAAGUAAAGAUGAAUUAAUAACGUCUGUCAGAAUGUUGAAUGUAAAGCAACGGGAGUAUUUACAUCAUUUAUUGCGAAAUGUUUUAGACGAUGUUAAAUUCCACGAAUUUAUAAGUGGAGGUGCAGGCGUUGGAAAAAGUAGACUGAUUAAAUCUAUAUAUCAGUCAGUAACAGAACGGUUCAACUCUGUUCCAGGAUCUAAUCCGGAUUUAGUUAAAGUUUUACUGUGUGCUCCAACUGGAAAAGCUGCAUUUGGCAUAGGAGGAGCUACAUUACACGCCAUGUUCUCAUUGCCAAUUAAUCAGUUUUCCGGAGAAAUUCGCCCUCUCAGCAACAAUGUUGUGAAUUCAUUAAUAGCGAAGUUCAUGGACUUGAAGAUUAUAAUAAUUGACGAAAUUUCAAUGGUAGGCGCCAAAAUGUUAGGAUAUUUGGAUGCCAGAUUAAAACAAAUCUUCAAAAGUACAGCCGCUUUCGGAGGAAUAUCGAUAUUAGUAUUUGGAGACCUAAAACAAUUACCUCCUGUUGGUGACAGAUGGGUUUUUAGUACAAAUCCAUCAAAUCCAUAUGGUGUUUUAGCCGGAGAAGGCCUAUGGAAUCUCUUCAAGUUUUACGAAUUAACAGAAAUAAUGAGACAACGGGAUGAUCUCAGUUUUGCACAGGCGCUAAACUCAAUGGCUGUUGGAGAAAUGGAUACAACGCAAAUUGAACUUAUAAAGUCACGAGUUGUAGAGAAUACUUCAAUUAUCCCAUCGGAAGCAAUACAUUUGUUUUGGUCAAAUGCUGAAGCUGACCAAUACAACUUAUUACGGUUAGGACAAAUUUCGACAAAUGAAUUCACAUCAAAGUCUUUUGAUGUUAUUAAGUCCGAUAUUUUAGCAACAUCAAAUCGAAAUCGAAUUCUUAAUAUGGUGUUAAAGAUGAAAACUUCCGAAACACAAGGACUUCCCGGGCAGUUAAAAUUAAAAACAACUGCUAAAUACAUGAUGACUGUAAAUAUAAAUACAAGUGAUGGACUUGUAAAUGGAGCUGCUGGAGUUUUAAUGGACAUAGAAUUAAAUAGUCAGACUGGAAAUCCGACAAUACUUUGGAUUAUGUUCUCUGAUGAAAAUGUAGGCAUUGAAGCCCGUCGACAAAAAAUACAUCCUCAUGAGCUAUCUUGGACACCAGUCGAAAAAUGUGUGAGAACUUUUCAAUACAAGAGUAAUGAAAAUAUUACAAUUGAAAGAACUCAGUUCCCAUUGGUACUAGCUGAAGGUAUAACUAUACACAAAAGCCAAGGAGCGACGUACUCGAAAGUUAUAGUUCAUACUCGAAAGGGAAUGAGUAGAUCUGCUCUUUAUGUAGCUUGUAGUAGAGCUACAACUGCAUCCGGCCUUUUUAUUAUUGGCAGUUUUAAUCCUCCUGGCCGACUCAAAACUUCAGAUCCAGUUAAAGUGGAAUUGGAUCGUCUGCGCUCAGAAAAAGCUUUACGGACAAAAUUCGAAUUCAUGGGAUAUAAUGAACUGAAAGUAACGAUGUACUACCAAAACAUACAGAGCCUACAAGCACACCUUCAAGAUAUAUCAGUAGAUAUGACAAUUACGCAUACUGAUAUAAUAUGUCUCGUUGAAACUUGGAGCUAUCCUGAAGAAGAAUUUAUAAUGCCAAACUUUAAUAUAAUAAGCCGAAUCGAUUGUUUCAAUAGAACUGAUAUAGGGGAAAGACGUCGAAAUAGAAAAGGAAUAAUUGUAUACAUCAAUGAUAACAACAUAAACGAAGCAGAACAUUUAUUCCAGGAAGAAUGUUGCAUCAAUGGCAAAUUUCUUCAAUAUAUAGCCUUCAAAUUUAAAGAGAUUUAUUUUAUUGUAAUUUACAAGACUCCCGCCUUUCCUCAAUCGGAAUUAAUAUCAGUAUUACGACAUGCAAUAGACAAAUUACGAGACAGUUCUGGGAAUAUAAAUAAUAAUGUAUAUGUAAUUGGAGAUUUUAACAUAUGUCGCAAAACUGAAGAAAGUAAUACCGAAAAGUUCUUCAACGAUGAAAGAUUUUAUUCCCUUAUAGACAAAGCUACUCCAACCACUAAGCAUGGAACCAAUAUUGACUGGUUAUUUUCAAAUGCUGAUGAAGAUAACAGUAAAGUAAUGAUAUAUCCAACAAUUCACAGUUACCAUGAUGGAAUAUUGCUAGGAAUCAAAUAA